UCUGCACAAAUAGAGAUUGAUAUUAUUAUUAUAAUAAUAACAGUAAUUUAAGUUUAGACUUAAUCACAUAGAGUAUUUUGGGAUUUUAAAAUGUCUUUUUUUGAAAAGAAUUUUUAAUAAACAAUUAGUUAAUGAAAUUGAAGGAGCCAUAUUUGUUGUUAUAGAGAACUAAUUUAGGUCUGUUAAACUUCACGACAAACUCAGCUCAGCUAGAUCUACUUCACUGAGGAGAGAGCUAAUUUUCUCUCAGGUCUCAAUUUGUGGCAUGUCUGUAGAGCUUGGGGUGAGGGUGGUCAGAGGACCUGACUGGAAAUGGGGAAACCAAGACAAUGGAGAGGGACAUGUUGGAACAGUCGUUGAAAUUGGCAAACCUGGUAGCCAGACCUCACCAGAUAAAACAGUUGUUGUUCAGUGGGAUUCUGGCGCUAGAACAAACUAUAGAGUAGGAUAUCAAGGAGCCUAUGAUCUGCGUGUUUAUGAUAAUGCACCCUGUGGUGUGAAACAUACCAAUAUUAUCUGUGAUAACUGCCGAACACAAGGUGUUCAGGGUAUGAGGUGGAAGUGUACAAAAUGCCAUGACUUUGACUUGUGUAUGCUCUGUUACAUGAAUGAUAAACAUGAUUUACAACAUGCAUUUUUGAGAUUUGACAAUGCUUCAUCAAAAGGCAUCAAGGUUCCAAAACGCUGCAUGAGCCAAAAUCAAAAAGUUCCAGCUUUUGGGAUAUAUUCAGGUGCAAGAGUUGCACGUGGACCAGAUUGGGAUUGGGGAAAUCAAGAUGGUGGGGAAGGUAAGGUUGGAAAAGUAACAGACAUUCGUGGCUGGGACACUGAGUCUGGUCGGAGUGUGGCCCACGUCACAUGGUCAUCAGGCUCCACCAAUGUAUAUCGUAUGGGACACAAAGGCAAGGUUGACCUGAAGUAUACUCAUGCUACAACUGGAGGACAUUAUUACAGAGAUCAUUUACCUGUGCUUGGAGAAUUCGUUGAAACGGAUGGCCCAGGAACACCUAGUCAGUUUAAAGUUGGGGAUAAAGUGCGAUGUGACUUGGAUGUGGAGAUACUCAAGCAGAUGCAGGAAGGUCAUGGAGGCUGGAACCCUAGGAUGGCUGAGUACAUCAACAAAGUGGGGACAGUUCACAGAAUCACGGACAGAGGUGAUGUGAGAGUUCAGUAUGAAGGCUGUGCUAACAGGUGGACCUUCCACACUGAUGCACUUACUAAGGUCCACGUUUUCCACACUGAGGACUUUGUCAAAAUCUCUGACAACCUACAGCAAGUCAAAGAGUGGCAAGCUGGUCAUGGAGAGUGGACAGAUGUCAUGAAAAAUACACUUGGUAAAGUUGGUGUAGUUAAAAAAGUCUACUCUGAUGGAGAUUUGCGUGUGGUGGUGGCUAAUCAGGAGUGGACAUUCAACCCCCUAUGCUGCACCCUGGUGCCUCAUGGUGCUGAAGAUAUGAAUAACACACUGGGCUCUACACAUGACCAGAGGGCAGCUAUGCCUGCCUUCACUUCUAUUCUGGAACAAUUGGCAGAGCUGCGGUCUUCUCAAGGCCAAGAAACAGGCCCAGACAGACUUGUGAGAGAAGCUGCCCAGGGACACAUUGAGGUUGUCAGGGAUAUUCUCUUAAAGUAUCCUGAUAAAGUGGACCAACAGAGCUCUGGUAAAACAGCACUACAGGUAGCAAGUCAUCAAGGACACAAAGAUAUUGUAGCCCUGCUACUGUCAUCCAGGGCAAGUCUGGAGGCAAAGGAUGAAGAUGGGGACACUGCUUUGCACUAUUCAGCUUUUGGCAACCAACCUGAGGUUAUGCAACAGUUAUUGUCUAAAGGAGCUGUUGUUGAUUCCCUGAACAAUGGUGGCUGUAGCACUCUCCAUGUAGCUGUCAACAAACAACAUCAGGAGUGUGUUAGGGCAUUGUUGAGUUGGAGGUGUAAUGUUAACAUACAGGAUGCUUAUGGGGACACAGCUUUACACGAUGCUAUUGGUAAAGAGAAUCACAAUAUAAUUGAACAGCUGGUCUCCUAUCAAAACAUUGACUUUACAUUGAAAAACAAGAGAGGGUUUAAUGUACUGCAUCAUGCAGCCUUGAAAGGAAAUGUUUUCGCAACAGAAAAAAUUCUUCAAAGAUGCCCCCAGAUUGUAGAUAUUAAAAAAGAUGAUGGCUUCUCAUCCCUCCAUCUGGCUGCAUUAAAUGGACAUAGAGAUGUUGCAACUACUCUUCUACAGUUUGGUGCUGAUAUUGAGAUUCGUAACAACCGGCAACAAACUCCUCUCCUAUUGGCUGUGUCACAAGGUCACAUGUCAAUCAUUGAACUGCUUGUGACCAAAGGUGCUGAUACCAAUGUAUCUGAUGAAGAUGGUGAUACCUGUCUACACUUGGCCUUGAUGAGACAAACAGUUGCCACAGAGAAGGACAGUUCACCAGCUUUAACAUCUAUCCGUAGCCAUCUAGGAAUGGGGGAUAAAGAAGAGCAGACAGGUGCAGCCAUCGCCUGCUACUUAGCCCAGCAAGGUGCAAAUCUGCAAAAGAAAAAUCAUCAAGGAAAAACACCAUUGGAGAUCAUUGCUGAUCCUAAAAUAGAAGAUGUGAUCAAGCAGUUUGCAACAGCCUUCACCAUCAAACAGAAUAACAGCAAGCAGGUGAAGAGGGAGUGUGAGGUGUGUUGUAACAUCACUGCCCUGGUCACCUUUGUCCCCUGUGGCCACAAUGUGGCUUGUAUUGACUGCUGCGUCAAGAUGAAGAAAUGCAUUGAGUGUAAGGAGAUUAUUGAUCAGAAGAGAACACAAGAUGGCCAAGUUGUCAACCCCUCAGAGUUUGCUUCUCCUUCUGAAGAAGCUUUGCUGAAGAAGAGGCUGCAGGAGCUGGAAGACACAAUCAACUGCCCCAUCUGCAUGGAACGCCAGCGAAACCGCGUGUUCCAGUGUGGUCAUGCCACAUGUGGCACUUGUGCCGAGUCUUUAAAAAUUUGCCCUAUUUGUAGGAAACAGAUUAAGCAGAAGAUUAAUUUAUUUUAAAACUUCAAAUUGCUAGUGAGAUAGCUAUUUAGUUUGAUGAAAAUUCUUCAUUGAUUGAUGCUUGUUUAAAAAUCUAGUAAAGCCUGUUUAAACCUGAGACAAAAUUACUCAUUCCAUGCUGUUAUCUUUUACCAAAGAUACCUGUCUGGAAAAGCCAGUUCAAAUUUUCUCUGUGGUAGAGUUUCCAUGCCGAGGUGAAACAGACCAAUCAACAGCUUCACCUCUGAACUAAAGUUCAAGGUUUCUUAUUUGCACUAUCUGAGACUAAACCAUGCAGUGCUGUAGUUGGCUUAGUAUUGUAUCAUAUCCAUAAAUUCAGAC